AUGCGGUAUGAAACUUGGGUAAGACCUGAGAGAGGCGACUGGAGAUCCACCGAAACCUGCUUGAAGUGGGGGGCUGACCCCAACUAUCGAUUUGAAGACGGCUCUUCUUGGAUGUCCCAUGUGAUCAAAUCAUCGAUAGUAGAUACCGGCCACGGAUGGGGAAGGGAUGUUUCGCAGGAAAAACAAGAAAGAGUGUACCGGGAGGUCAAGUUGUUGCUUUCCCAUGGAGCCGACCCGAACUCUGUGGGGUCUCUCCAAGAAAUGGAUUCGAUGCUUCAUUUGGCAUGCCUGUAUCACCAACCCCAAACCCUGCGGGCAUUGCUCGAAGCUGGGGCAGAUCCCAAUGCAAAAGACGCGCGUGGUCGCACCCCCUUGCAUAAGCUAUUUGAACAACACAAGCGCAAGGAUGGGUCCAAGUCUAGUGAUUGGGACACUCUGGUUGAUGUUCUUCUUGCAGACCGAAGAGUCAAGAUUGAUGAGCGCGACAAUUAUGGCUGUACGCCACUGAGCGUUGCUGCAAGUUGGAAGUGUUCAUGCUGGUGCAAUGUACCGGUUUUGAAAUUUGCAAAGAGAAUUGUUCGUAUGCCAGAAGAGGCCGAUAUCAAUUCUCAGGACAGCCUGGGGAAAACACCGCUUUGUUGCUGCAUCGGCAACAACAAGCGUAACAUGACUCGUCUUCUCCUAGCGCAGCAUAGGCUUGAUCCCAAUCUUGGCCCAGCGGAUGAAUUUCCAUUAUUGCUUGCUGUUAGUCUUAACCAGCAAGAGACAGUUGAACUUUUGCUACAAUCGAAGCGACUCGACAUCAACAAGCAAACUAGUCAAGGCCAAACAGCUCUGUUGAAAGCGAUUGAUGUGAGAAAUAAGGAAACCAUUGAUAUGCUUGCUAAAGCUGGUGCCAAUCCAGAUAUUGGAAUGAGCGAAGGCAAAACAGCGCGGCAGCGAGCGUUGGCUGCAGGUAUUCGUAUCAAAUGGAAGACUUUCCCGGUAUGA